CGUAUGUACCUUUAUUCACAAAAAACAAAAGAAAUGAAUUUUUUAACUGUUUAAGAUAUGAAAAUAAACAAUUUCAAGCAUAUGAAAAUUUCUCCAAGAAAUAUGAAAUCGAAAAAUACAAAUACUACCUCAAAGUUGAGAGGAAGAUUGAGGUCAAUUACAACACGGAUAUUUUGGAAGAGCUGAAUUCGGACUCACAUGAGUUGGACAGAAAAAACGAGCAAUACUUUGAGAGCCUGCUGGAUGAUAUUUACAAUGAUCAGAAGUAUGCCAAGGACAGCGAGCUCUGUGACCCUCGCUUCAACUGGAUGAGAAAACUACCCAAUGAAGACAUCGUGAAGCUUAAGGUGCUGCUGCUUAAGAAGGCCAUCUACUUCCUCCCCAUAUGCAACAAAAUAUUUCAAGACAAAAAUAAAAAGCACCGCUUGUACAACAACUACUACAUUGAUGAUAACAUGUCCAAGGAGCUGGACGGGCAAUGUGAAGAGUUUUUAGAAGAAUUCAAUAUGAUCAUUUAUGAGGCCAACUGCUUAUCUCCAAGAUGGGGCGAAACCAUCAUCUCGGACGCCUACCGAAUCUUCCACCACAACAAAAUCAAGGCGGAUGAAGAAAAGAAGAAGAAGGAAGAACUGAAGAACCAGGCGAAGAAGCAAAAGCAGAAGGAAACAAAAUUGAAGGAAACAACGGAAAAGGCUAAUUUGUUAGCUAAAGAGAUCAUCGAGGUAGGUCCCACGUCUUCCGAGCCAACGCAAAACGAGUAG